AUGGCGGCAGCUUCUCUAUUUCACAUUCCAAUGCUUUCCCUUUUGAGUUUUUGGCCUUUUCUCUCUCUUUCUGUCAUCAUUUUUGCUCUUUACACAUUCUUGAAGAAAAUUGAUGAAAACUCACAAGAAAAAUCCAUUAAAAUUCCAUCUUUACCUGUAGAUGAUGCUGAGAAUUACGAGAAAAAUAGAACCCAGCAACAGAAACAAGAAAAUGCCUAUGAAUCUGACAAAAAUGAAGAUCCCAAUGACAAAAAGGGGUCGGACCAGGAGGAGAACAAAAGGAAGAAGAAACGGAGGAAAAUUAAGCUGCAGUAUGAUCAACUUGUCAAGUCCCAUGAGUCCAAAAGCUUGACUCUGGCUCAGGUGGGCAAAUUCGUUAAUUGUCUGAUUGAGGCGAGAAAUGAGCUGCAGAACAAAUCCGAGGUUGUCAAGCGGAAGUUCAUAAUAACCAAAGCCAUAUUAUUCAAGGCGGACAGGUCUUCAGUCAACCGCCUGCAUCAACAGAUAUACAAGCUAGAAAUAGAACACAAAAGAUUAGAAGAUGACGCAUUUGUAUAUAACUGGCUCCAACAACAACUUAAGCUCUCUCCCGCAUACGAGAAGAUUCUGGAACUUGGUGCCUGCAUGGAGGAGAUAAAAGCCAAUUCUGUCGACCUUGUGGAAAGUACAGAUGCCAACUUCUCUGAUAUAUCAUUUGAAGAGUUGCUGGCACAGGAAAAGAAGGAUUCGUUUUGGCAGAGAAAAGGGAGAUAUAAACCGUGCUCGGGAUGA